GGGGAGUGAAGCUGUGUGUGAUUAGUUGGUUGGCUUUGCUAACCCCGCCUUCCCUGUGUCAUUGGUUGGAGCGUCUCCUUGUGACGUGAGCAGGACAACAAAAACGUUUAUAGGCAACAACAUCCAGAAGAGAAGCUGCACAUCCUGAAGGCCAUUUGUGCUCAGGCUGGUGAUUUUUAUUCAUUUUCAGAGUGAACUGUGAAGAACAAAAGUUUAUCACAAAGACGAUUAUGAUGAAAUGUGCGGCUGGAGUAGAAACCAGUCUGUGGAUCUUUGGAUAUGGCUCCUUAGUGUGGAAUCCAGAUUUUGUAUAUAAGAAGAGUAACAUCGGUUACAUUAAAGGAUAUAAAAGACGCUUCUGGCAGGGAGAUCAUUUUUAUCGAGGAGACGAGGAAAAGCCAGGCCGAGUGGUCACACUCGUGGAGGAUCAGGAGGCCUGCACAUGGGGAGUGGCGUAUGAGGUGGCUGAUUCCCAGGUGAAGGAUUGCCUUGAGUACUUGAACAUGAGAGAGGUGGCGAUAGGGGGUUAUGUUGCAGAGUGGGUGGAGUUUAUCCCCAGGAAAAAGGAUCAGGGGGUUCUACUGGCACUUGUUUACAUCGCCACUUCUGACAACCCCAUCUAUCUAGGACCCGCCCCAGAGAAGGAGAUCGCUGCUCAGAUCGCCAUCUGUAAGGGCAGCACAGGUCACAACCUCGAAUACCUCCUUCGCCUAAUGGAGUUCAUGAGGCGCUACUGUCCUGAGGCGGAGGAUGAGCACCUCUUCGCCAUCGAGGCCGCUGCUUUGACAUUUUUUGUUAACUGAACCCAGACACAGACAAUCUGAACUUCUAAGAACAACAUAAAAUAUGAAAAAAGAACAUUGCAUAACAUAUUUAUUAAAGGUGCAAAUUGCGUAUUGACAGCUGGUACAUUUUUUUAUUUUUUUAUUUGAAUGUGUCUAACAGAUAAAACUGGCUUUUCAUGCAGUUGAAUUUUUGAAAAUGUGUUCUGUUUAUUUUUUAAUGGCUCUAAGACUGUACCUUUUGUAUUUUUGAAGGCUGUGGAGAACUUAAAAGUUGUACUGCAGCUUUUAAAUCGUGUUUUAUGCAUACCUCUGGCAUAACAUUUGUAAAAUUUACACUAUUUUAUCUUAUGGGCUUCUCUUUUUAAACCUUUGUUGUAAAAGGUUACCAUAAUAUGUUGUAUGUUAUGCAUUUUUAAAGUUUAUUUUAAUAAAAACACUCCAGUUUAAAACUG